CUGUGAGUGUGAGGGGAGCUGAUUAACAGGCUGUGCUGACGUCUUUGAAGGCACAUGCUGUGACUCUUCAACAUAGUGUCACCUGAGAAAACAAUCCACACCCCGAUCAGGACCAGGACCAAAUGGCUGCUUCUCAGGAACGGUUGUCCUUCAGGGAUGUGGCCAUAGAUUUCUCUCAGGAGGAGUGGGAAUGGCUGGACCCAGCUCAGCGGAAAUUGUACCUGGAUGUGAUGUUGGAGAACUACAGCAACCUGGCCUCCGUGGCUAUGUCAUCGGAAGAUGCCCAUGCCUUUAUGCCCAAGACCAGAAUACAAGAUUUAUUCUCUGAAUUGAUACUGAGUACACAUAAAGGAGAUUGCACUUAUCAAUGGAUUGAACAUUGGAAAAAUUUUAACCAAGGGUCUGAUCUUAAUCAUCGGAUAACUGAGCUUGCAGAGGACCAUUAUAAAGGUGGAAAAGUCUUUGAGGAAAUGUCCAAUCACAAGAUACAUCAGUUUAUUCCUAUUGUGGAGAAGACACACAAAGGAAGUAAAUGUGUCCAGUCUUUUCAGCAGUCUUCAAAUUACACUGAACAAGAGAAUGUUCAUACUGGGGAGGAGGCUUACAAAUGGAAUCCUUGUGACAGAAUCUCCAGUCAAAUAUUCAAUCUAAAUAAAAAGAAAAAAAUCCAUAGUGGAGAAAAACCUUAUAAAUGUAAAGAUUCUGGUAAAACAUGUAAUUGGCUGUCAGGUUGCACUGUAAAUCAGAGAAUUGAUACUGGAGCGAAGCCUUACAAAUGUACAGAAUGUGGCAAAGCCUUCGGUAGAUCCUCAUACCUUAUUAUGCAUCAGAGAGUUCAUACUGGAGAGAAGCCUUAUAAAUGUGGAGAAUGUGGCAAAGCCUUUGGCAGCUCUUCACUUCUUACUAGACAUCGGAGAGUUCAUACUGGAGAGAAGCCUUAUAAAUGUACAGAAUGUGGCAAAGCCUUUAGGCAAUCCUCAGCCCUUACUGGUCAUCAGAGAGUUCACACUGGAGAGAAAUCUUAUAAAUGUAGAGAAUGUGGCAAAACCUUUCGUAGAUCGUUACACCUUAUUACGCAUCAGAGAGUUCAUACUGGAGAGAAGCCUUAUAAAUGUACAGAAUGUGGCAAAGCAUUCAGAGACUCCUCACACCUUAAUCGACAUCAGAGAAUUCAUACUGGAGAGAAGCCUUAUAAAUGUACAGAAUGUGGCAAAGCAUUCAGGGUCUCCUCACAGCUUAGUCAACAUCAGCACGUUCAUACUGGAGAGAAGCCUUAUAAAUGUGGAGAAUGUGGCAAAGCCUUUGGCAGCUCUUCACUUCUUACUAAACAUCGGAGAGUUCAUACUGGAGAGAAGCCUUAUAAAUGUACAGAAUGUGGCAAAGCCUUUAGCCAUUCCUUAGACUUUACUGGUCAUCAGAGCGUGCACAUUGGAGAGAAACGUUAUAAAUGUAGAGAAUGUGGCAAAGCCUUUGGUAGAUCCUCACACCUUAUUAUGCAUCAGAGAGUUCAUACUGGAGAGAGGCCUUAUAAAUGUACAGAAUGUGGCAAAGCAUUCAGAGACUCCUCACACCUUUAUCGACAUCAGAGAGUUCAUACUGGGGAGAAGCCUUAUAAAUGUACAAAAUGUGGCAAAGCAUUCAGGGUCUCCUCACAGCUUAAUCGACAUCAGAAAGUUCAUACUGGAGAGAAUCCUUAUAAAUGUGGAAAAUGUGGCAAAGUCUUUGGCCGAUCCUCAAACCUUACUAAGCAUCAGAGAAUUCACACUGGAGAAUAGCCUUAUAAAUGUACAGAAUGUGGCAAAGCCUUUAGCCAGUCCUCAUCCCUUACUGGUCAUCAGUUCACACUGGAGAGAAAUGUUAUAAAUGUAGACAAUGUGUCAAAGCAUUCAGGGUCUCCUCACAGCUUAAUCAACAUCAGAGACUUCAUACUGAAGGGAAGCGUUAUAAAUGUGGAGAAUGUGGCAAAGCCUUUGGUAGAUCCUCACAACUUAUUAUGCAUCAGAGAGUUCAUACUGGAGAGAAGCCUUAUAAAUGUAGAGAAUGUGGCAAAGCCUUUAGGCAUUUUUCAUCCCUCACUUAUCAUCAGAGAGUUCAUACUUGAGAGAAGUCUUACAGAUGUGAGGAGUGUUCGAAGUGUUUACCGGGGAGAACUUAGUGAAUAUCACAGAAUUCAUACUGGGAUGAAGCCAAAUAAAUGUGCAAAAUAUAAAAACGCCUUUCCGUGCUAUUUAUAUAUUACUGUACCUGAGAGUCUUCCUACUAAAGAGAGUCCUUACCAACUUAGGGCUGGAGCAUUUACCCUCAAAUCAAAGUUUACAGAGCAUCAUUGAUUGUAUAGUGGAGGAAAGCCUAUACUCUAGAAAAUGUGAGAGAGCCUUUAAGUUGUAGUCAAACUUAGGCAACAUUUUAAGAAUCAUUCUAAAGAAAAACAAGUAAUCAAAGUAUUUGGCCAAAGAUUUAACCAUAGGUUUAAUCUUCAUAGAGAAUGAUAAAAUUAGGCCUUAUAAAUUAUGAGGCAUAUGUCAAAGUGUAUGUAUCUCAUAGAGCAUCUGAUAAUUAUUACUGGAUAGAAGCCCAGCAGAUACAAAGAAUUUCUGAAAGCUUAUUCAGUAUGCAAAACUUAGUUGAAAUCAGAAUUCAUACUGGAGAGAAACAAUACAAAUGUAAACAUAGUCCUGAAGUCUUUAAUCAGUACCCGUACCUUAUUCCUUACAUUGGCAUUCAUUCUACAGGGAAACCUUGAAACUGAUAAAUGUGGGAAAUCAUAUUCUUGGACCUACAAUCGCAGUCAAUACCAAGGAUUGUAAUUGGGUAGAAAUUCUACAUUUAUGAUAUAGGACAAAGGACUUUUGUUCAGAAUAUACAGUUGAUAAAUUUCCAAGGAAUUUAUGCCUUAAAGUGACUUUUAAGAUAUAAAAAUUUGACCAAAGUAUGUAAUUGAUUAUGAAAAUACCACUGAAUUCACACUAGAUAGGUAGGCAAAAUGCCUUUUAGGUAUUGUUGUAAAUCAGAAUGUUUAUUACACAGUGUACUCCAAACUUUAAAUGUAUUAGGUAAUAUUUUUAUACUUGAAUAUAUCAAAAGAAUUUAUGUUUCCGUAUCUACAGUUACUUAGAGUGUUAUAUUGAAAUCGUGAGGUAGUUUGAAUAGGAAAUAUUACUGUGAUUCUAUUCCCUUAUCACUUGCUGCUAUGUCUUAUUCCUGCUGUAUGUGUGAAAUCAUGGGGUUGUUAACUGCCUUAAAGAUCUGUGAGCUGUGUAUAUUAUAUGUAUUUCAUUUAUAUUCAUUUUUCUAUGGAAUAUUGAAUACAUAUGUAUUUUCUUCUACUGGAGAAUAUACUAUUGCAUUCAUCUUUUAAAAUAGUUAUAACUUUCUGUAAAUGACGUAAUGAACAUUAGUUCCUUUUCUGUGCCGAUAUGUUCAACUGAAAACUUUUCAUCUGAAUGUCAAUUUGUGGUUGUGACAUUUACGUGACUGGAACUGCAACUCAGGACCGUGCUUUCUGUAUAAUAGGUUUUCCAUAAUUAAGAGCAAUAUUGUAAUACCAGAGACAUUGUUUUACCCAGGAUGCAGAAUUGGCAUGAACUCUGCUAGUUGAGAGACGCCACCAUUCCUAGGCUGCACUGCUGGCUGAACUCAGAAAAAUUCUAUUUCUUUCAGUUCCCAUUUCCUGUUUCUCUCUGGUUUUUCACUUUGUCUUCUAGGCUGCCAUUAUUUUUGCAGUGCUAUGACCACAGCAUGUAAAGCUCUUCCUGUCCCACGUCAGCCCUUCAAGCCAGUGUAGCGUCUGCUCAGUAGUUUGGAAUUUAUAAUGCAGUGACUGACAUCAGAACUUGGUGAAUGUUUUGCUUUAUUUUCAUAAAGUAGGUAGCCCACCACUCAUGUUCUCAUGCUGACAUCUAUAGUUUUUAAUAUGAAUAUGAACUUUUGGAAUACCACAAAUUGGCAUCUGUGUACUUUGUAAGUGGAGUGAUUUUUCUUGUCCUGAUAGUCAUUGGAAACCUUCAGGAUUUCUGAGUGUGCCCUAACUGAUUUGGCUCAGGGGAUAGAGCAUCGGCUUGCAGACUGAAGGGUCCCAGGUUCGAUUCUGGUCAAGGGCAUGUACCUUGGUUGUGGGCAUAUCCCCAGUAGGGAGUAUGCAGGAGGCAGGUGAUUGAU